CUCCCUCUUUGGCGCUCUCUCUCUCUGCUCAGAAAAAAGGAAAAAAAAAAAGAGAGAAGGAAACAAAAUGGGAUUCUUGAAUUUCAUCUGCCCUAAUUCUCCAACCGUUUGGGAUGGAAAUAGUUUCUCCAAGUGCUUCGAGAACAUAUAUCCUUUUUUUUUUUUUUUUCAGCGAAUUCUGUUCUUUCAAUGACAUAGAGAAUGAAUCUGUUUUUUUUUUUUUUGAGAGAAACUUUGAUACUCUGGCAGAGUGGGAUCGAUGAUACGCAGGCACUAAGAAAUUACUUAAUCAUUCAAAUUAAGCUGUCCAAAUUGUGGGUCCCAGUUUGUGUGUACUAUGAAGCAAAAAUUAAGAUUAUUUGAUUAUCUGACUAUCGGAUAGGUGGACAGAUAUUCGAUGUUUAAAAUGAAAAAAAAAAAUCAAAUGGUAUUAUUUUAAUAACAAGUGUCAACUAAGAAGAGGCCGGGAUUGUUCGACCAAUCUGAUUUUGCAUAUGUGACUUAAUUAGAGUGGGUUCCACAAUUUAGUUGGUCUGUAUAAUUCUGAGUACCUAAUUAUCAGGCGACUUACACUUCCAGAGUAUCAAAUGAGUGCCCUUCUAAUUUAAUUUCUUUUUUAAUUUUCUCCCCAAGGAAAUAUGUAAUGGACAGUAAGUUACAAUCCAUUCAAGAUUGUCAUGCCACCGUGUCACAUGUGUACAGCAUCUAAGUUGUUCAAAAGGUGGGCAGACACAUAACAGACUCAAAUUCUAGAUUUCAAGGAUGCAUAUUUUGGAGAAGGUGUUCUUGCUCUUUCUACCUGCUCUUGCAGCAUGUUUAUCCUUUUAUGAUAUCUUUUAUCUGUUGAAGGCUGUCCUUCAAGGACACACUAUUGUUCAUCAUGAAUGGUUCUUUAGAUGGUCCCAAUUUAUGUCAUGGAUGACUAUUUUGCUAUUCUCGAAAUGUGAAUACUGGUCCCUAAUAUUUUUCAACCGGGUCUUAUGUUUCUGGUGGAUAGCAAAAUCUUUCUUGGAGAUCCCUCGCUUACAGACAUCAUUUUUGUCAUUGGAGGCAAUAAGAUGCAUCAAAGAGAGUUGCUCUUUUGUAGCGGGUGUCACAUUUGGUGUGUUUAUCAAUGUUGCCAGAAUUAUACGGGGAUCUACUGAAAAAAGGAAACUUGGUUCUCUAGAAGACGCACUUCUCUCUGAUGGCAAAGAUCUGGAGGAAAACCAUAUUAGAGAUUCUGAUAGGACUGUUCAUAGCUACUGGCACCUUCUAACCUUCAAAUCUAUCAAUUCUGUAAUGGAUCUCGGUGUGACAAAGCAACUUGACUUUGAAGAUCUAAUUCAACUACCACAUGAACUGAAUCCUUCUCAUUGUCAUAGUACAUUGUUAAGGUGUUGGGCAGCUGAAGAAACUAAAUAUUGCACUGAUCCGUCGCUAUUUAGAGCAAUUUGUUAUGCAUAUGGCUGGCCAUAUAUGUUCCUAGGUCUAUUGAAGGUAUUAAAUGAUUUGAUCAGUUUUGUGGGACCUUUAUUGCUCAAUGCACUGAUUCGGUUUCUUCAGCAAGGUUCUGGGCAUUUUGAUGGCUAUCUUCUUGCUAUUUCAUUGGGUCUUACAUCCACCUUCAAGUCCUUCCUAGAUACGCAAUACAGUUUUCAUCUUGCCAAGAUAAAGUUGAAGCUUCGGUCAAGUAUUAUGACAGUUGUUUAUCGCAAGUGCCUUUAUGUUAGCCUAGCAAACCGCUCAAAAUUUUCUGAGGGAGAAGUUCAAACUUUCAUGUCUAUUGAUGCCGAUCGAACUGUCAACUUAUGUAACAGCUUUCAUGAUAUGUGGAGUUUGCCUUUACAGAUUGUUGUGGCACUCUAUCUUUUGUACACGCAAGUUAAAUUCGCCUUUCUUGCAGGACUCACAAUAACCAUCUUGCUUAUACCAGUGAAUAAAUGGAUCUCUACCUUGAUUGCAAGCGCCACAGAGAAAAUGAUGAAGCAAAAGGAUGAGAGAAUCAAAAGGGCUGGGGAAUUUUUGACAUAUAUCCGAACCUUGAAGAUGUAUAGUUGGGAACUUCUAUUUGCUAAUCGGUUAAUAGAAACAAGAGCCUCCGAAGUGAAACACCUUUCGACUAGGAAGUAUUUGGAUGCAUGGUGUGUAUUUUUUUGGGCAACAACUCCGACACUUUUCUCUCUGUCAACAUUUGGACUCUUCACGCUGAUGGGCCAUCCAUUAGAUGCUGCUACGGUGUUUACAUGUGUUGCUCUGUUCAAUACUUUGAUCUCUCCAUUAAAUGCAUUCCCAUGGGUGAUUAAUGGAUUAAUUGAUGCCAUAAUAUCCACAAGGAGAUUGAGCAGAUUCCUCUCCUGUUCUGAGCUGAAUUCUCAAAUGUUACCUCCAUCUGAUGAACUGUUGCACGAGGCUGAUCCAUCAUCCUCAUGUCUCUUGAAAGGCCAGGAUGAAGCUUUCCUUGAAAAUAUGGCUGUCGUCUUCCGGGAUGCGCAUUGUGUGUGGUCAAACAAUAGUGAGGAACAGAGCACUGUCUUCAAAUGGAAAACUCUUGACCUUCCUAAGGGAAUCCUUAUUGCAGUAGUUGGGGAGGUUGGUUCGGGUAAGUCAUCGUUGUUAAAUUCAAUUCUAGGAGAGAUGCUUCUCGUUCAUGGGUCUAUAUAUUCACGUGGAUCAAUAGCAUACGUAUCACAGGUUCCGUGGAUUCUGUCAGGCACAAUACGUGACAAUAUUUUGUUUGGAAAGGACUAUGAUGCUAAAAGAUAUGCAGAUGUAUUACAAGCAUGUGCACUUGACGUUGAUAUUUCAUUAAUGGUUGGAGGUGAUCUAUCAUAUAUUGGAGAGAAAGGACUAAACUUAUCAGGUGGACAAAGAGCACGUCUCGCAUUGGCGAGGGCUAUCUAUCAUGGCGCCGAUGUAUGCAUGCUUGAUGAUGUACUUAGUGCAGUUGAUGCACAAGUAGCUCGCUGGAUUUUACGUAAUGCUAUCUUGGGACAUCUAAUGGACCAAAAGACACAAAUAUUGUGUACCCAUAAUGUUCAGGCAAUUUCUUCUGCUGACAUGAUUGUAGUCAUGGAUAGAGGACAUGUUAAGUGGACUGGAAGCUUUGCUGACUUUUCAGAGUCUCCAUAUGCAACAAUUCCUUCAAUGGAAGAUUCAAAGAUCUCAUCUCAAUCUUUAAGACCAAAAAACAGCAUAAAUUCCUCGAGUGAAUUGAGGCCUAAUCUCAUACCAGAGGAAGAUUGCAUAACUCUCUCAGAGGAAGCGCAGGAAGCUAUUGAAAUAGAGCUAAGGAAAGAGGGUACAGUUGAACUUGGCGUAUACAAAAGUUAUGCCACAUUUUCCAGCUGGAAAAUUGUAAUUGUAAUAUCCUUAUCAGCAAUCUUAAUGCAAGCAUCUCGCAAUGGAAAUGACUUGUGGCUAUCUUACUGGGUUGAUAGCACAGGAAGCCACAGAACGAUGUAUUCUACAGGCUUUUAUCUGGUUAUACUCUGCAUCUUUUCUGUCGCAAAUUCCCUUAUAACCUUAGCAAGGGCAUUCUCAUUUGCGUUUGGUGGUUUACGUGCUGCAGUUCAGGUGCAUACUAAGCUUCUGAACAAGCUUAUCAAUGCACCUGUAAUAUUUUUUGAUCAAAAUCCAAGUGGAAGGAUACUUAACAGGUUAUCUUCAGAUCUGUAUACUAUUGAUGAUUCUCUCCCAUUUAUUCUCAACAUUCUCUUAGCAAAUUUCUUUAGCCUUGUCGGCAUUGCAAUAGUUUUGUCGUAUGCACAGAUUCUGUUCUUGCUUCUAUUAUUACCGUUUGGGUAUAUCUACAAAAAAUUGCAGUUCUACUAUAGGUCUACAUCACGUGAAUUGCGAAGGCUAGACAGUGUUUCUCGCUCUCCUAUCUAUGCAUCUUUCACAGAGACACUGGAUGGAUCAUCAACUAUAAGGGCCUUCAACGCAAAGGAAUACUUUUUUACUAGAUUCACUGAGCAUAUUGCUUUAUAUCAGCAAACUUCCUACUCAGAGAUAAUAGCAAGUUUGUGGCUUUCUUUGCGCCUCCAAUUGAUAGCAGCAUUCAUUAACUCUUUCAUCGCCAUAAUGGCUGUUGUUGGGUGCCGUGGCGGUUUUCCUGUAAAUUUUGGUACACCUGGGCUAGUGGGCUUGGCUCUUUCAUAUGCAUCACCUAUUGUUUCUUUAAUGAGCAAUUUUCUAACAAGUUACACAGAAACUGAGAAGGAAAUGGUUUCUAUUGAGAGGGUGCUUCAGUACAUGGAUAUCCCCCAAGAAGAACUUUGUGGAUGCAACUCUCUACAUCCAGAUUGGCCUACUCAAGGAUAUAUCAAAUUUGAGCACGUCACCUUGAGAUACAGGCCAUCUCUACCAGCAGCUCUACAUGACGUUUCUUUUAAUAUCGCAGCAGGCAUGCAGGUUGGAAUUGUUGGGAGAACAGGAGCUGGGAAAUCAAGUGUGAUAAAUGCCCUAUUCCGCCUAACCCCAAUUUGUGGUGGGCAGAUUUUAGUAGAUGGAGUAAAUAUUGCUGAUGUUGCUGUUAGAGAUCUCCGCUCACAUCUUUCUGUUGUUCCACAGAGCCCAUUCUUGUUUGAUGGUCCUUUAAGGGACAAUCUGGAUCCGUUUGGGGAAAAAAGUGACAUAAAAAUUUGGGAGGCUCUUGAGAAAUGCCAUGUUAAAGAGGAAGUGGAAGCAGCAGGAGGGCUGGAUAUUCACGUAAAAGAAGCUGGAAUAUCGUUUUCUGUCGGCCAACGGCAGCUUAUAUGCCUUGCGCGUGCACUUCUCAAGUCUUCCAAGAUACUCUGUUUGGAUGAAUGCACAGCCAAUGUUGACACUCGAACAGCAUCAAUACUACAGAAUACCAUCUCCAGUGAAUGCAAAGGAAUGACGGUUAUUACCAUAGCUCAUCGCAUUUCUGUAGUCAUGAAGAUGGACAAUGUUAUGGUUCUUGACCAUGGGAUCCUGGUUGAACAAGGAAGGCCAGAGGUUCUUCUACAAAACGAGUUCUCCAGAUUUUCCAGCUUUGCCAAGGCUUCUACAAUGUAAGUAGUUACGUGACUUGGAUGCCUAUGGAUGUUUGACGGGCCAUGUUGGAGAAGCUGUGAUGGUUGCGGUCUCACUUGAUCAUCAGAGUUUUUAAGUUCCCAGUCAACAGCAUUUUCUUGAAAAAUCAGAUACUGUUAUCGAAUUUCCAUUAAUGCAAGAAGAUGUGGUUUUCUUCUC